GGGGACUCACUGUAGCGAAAGUCCGGCUUUCUUCCCACCGCGUGUGCGCGCACAGUCUUUCAGCACCAUGGAAAGCGCACGACGCCGCAGUGGCCACGCGUGGAUUCAACCGGUGGCUCUGAACCUGACGAGCGGAGUGAAAGCGCUGACAUAACCCAAAACUAAGUCAUCAGAUUGUUUUAAUUUGUGAGGGAAGUGGCUUUUGUUCAUGAGACACUUUCAGUGUCGUAAUUCACUGGAGCUGUGUCGGUUGGAUGCUGUGGGUAGGCGUGCCUCUGGAUAAGUGCUCCGUGCAGCGUAGUAUUGUAAAAGGAAACUGUAAAGGAGACGCGCUGUGAAUCACGAGACUCUUCAUUUUUAAGGAUGCUGGUGGAGGGAAAUGCCUGGAGACAGAGAUGACGAGAUUUGUCGAAAAGCACUUGAACUCCUCUCAGACCUUUGUUCCAGGGGCGAAGUGCCGAACGAGAACUGCCUGGAUUUCACCUACUAUUUCCGAGACCUCGCCAGACCACGGUACUCGGAUUCAGACGUGUCAGUGAGCCUGCUGUCCCUGGUCGUCACUGCCUGCGGCCUGGCCCUGUUUGGAGUUUCUCUCUUUGUAUCAUGGAAGUUGUGUUGGAUUCCGUGGAGGGAGCGUGGCUUAUCCCCAACCAUCAAAGACGCCACAGGACACCUCAUCCCCACCCUGAGCCCCCUGCCCCCCCAGCCCGCCCCGAGGCAGCCCGUCUACACUGCAGUAGAUCCCCCGCCGCACGACCGCCGUAAGUCCUCUCACAGCUCCAUAGCCCGAGAGCCCACUCCGGUGGCGUCAGUGGUGUCUGUAGAGGCUCCUAUGUCCCCCAUGUCCCCGCCCCCCGUGGUCAAAGCCACCCCUGAAGCAGCCAUGAAGAUCAGUCACACGUCUCCAGACAUACCGCUGGACGCAGAGUGUAAGACCAGGGAGAACGGGGUCCACACCACUCCACGGAUACAGCGGCAGGCCACAGAGCCAUCGUCAAACGGACAAGGCUCCAUCCGCCGACACAUGAACCUGUCCAACCCAGACUUCAAUGUGGCCCAGUUCCAAAGACAGGACUCUCUCACUGGGAUGGGUCUUGGUUUGGGACGCCUAAAGCCUGAGCUGUACAAACAACGCUCCCUGGAGGGUGAUGAGGGUAACCGCAGAGGAGGCAGAUGUGGACGUCUCCAUUUUAUCCUCAAAUUUGACUGUGACUUGGAACAGUUAAUCGUCAAAAUCCAUAAAGCUGAGGACCUCCCCGCGAAGGACUUCUCUGGUACUUCUGACCCUUAUGUAAAAAUCUACCUGCUGCCGGACAGGAAGACCAAGCACCAAACUAAAGUCCAUAGAAAAACACUGAAUCCAGUUUUUGAUGAGGUCUUCCUGUUCCCAGUCGCAUAUUCUGAGCUUCCCACUCGUAAGCUUCAUUUUACAGUCUACGAUUUUGACCGCUUCUCACGGCACGAUAUUAUUGGUCAAGUGGUGGUGGACAACUUCCUGGACCUUGCUGAUUUCCCCAGGGAGACCAAACUGGGCCGUGAUAUCCAAUACGUCUCCUCGGAUAAUGUGGAUCUGGGCGACCUGAUGUUCUCCCUCUGUUACCUGCCCACAGCGGGCCGACUCACCAUUACCAUGAUAAAGGCCCGUAAUCUGAAGGCUAUGGACAUCACAGGCGCUUCUGAUCCAUACGUGAAGGUUUCUCUAAUGUGCGACGGCCGGCGACUAAAGAAGAGGAAGACGUCCACGAAGAGGAACACGCUGAAUCCAGUUUAUAAUGAGGCCAUUGUCUUUGAUGUGCCUCCGGAAAACAUCGAGCAGAUCAGCCUUUUGAUCGCAGUGAUGGACUAUGACCGAGUGGGCCAUAAUGAAGUAAUCGGAGUGUGUCGGGUUGGCAAUGAUGCAGACAGCCUCGGUCGAGAUCACUGGAAUGAAAUGCUCACAUACCCGCGCAAACCUGUCGCUCACUGGCAUCCCCUGGUGGAGUACCAGGGAACUACAGGUAGCAGCCAGGGAGGAUCAUGUAACUCUCUGAAGACUCCUCCGUCCCCGUAGCCCAGAGGACUGAACAGUGAAAGGUCACCAAUCAGACUGGAGCUUCCAUGGGACUGUUCUGCUGUACAUUUAUAGAAGAAUGUGCACAUCCAGUACGGAGAAAAGGACACUGUUGUUGUCAGUUGCAUGUUGAAUGGCUGAAAAUAUGGAUAUUGUCUUUUCUGAAAUGUCCCAUGAGAAAAAGAAAAGAAGAAAUGAAAAGAUGUGCAGACAUUUUAAGUCUGCUUUUAUUAGGGUUUUAAACAGAUAUUUGUUUUUACAUUGUAUGUUUUUUUUUUGUUUUAUCGAGAUGAGUCUGUCUGUUUUUAUUCAGUAGUGACUUGGUGCAUGAGGCAACGGGUUGGAUAUUUUCCUGUUUGUAUGUGUUUGUACUGAGAGUAAGGUGUCUUGUUUUGUCCGUUGAUAUGCGGUGACAUUUUGAGAAAAGUACUUGUGUGGCAAUCUGUUAAAUGUACAACCAAUAAAGAUUGUUCCAUAAAAUCUCUUC